AUCCUAUUACUGUCUUUCAUAGCUUUCUAUUCUAUUAAUAACAAACAAGCCUACAAUACAAUGACAUUCUUGCCCAAUAGACUUCCCAACCACUUUCUUUCUUUCCCACACCUUUUACUCUGCCUCAUCAUCCUUGCAUUGCCCACUUUUUUUUAUUAUGCUGCUUUUGCUUCUUCCUUAACUACUGGAAAACAAGCAACUGAACCCACGGCUCUCUUGACGUGGAAAGCUAGCCUUCACAACCAAACUCAAACUCUCCUGUCCUCUUGGGUUGGAACCAACCAUUGCACUUGGCUUGGAAUUCAUUGCAACAAGGCCGGUAGAGUUGCCCAUAUAGACCUUCAGAGUUAUGGUUUGAAAGGUACUCUUUCUAAUCUUAAUUUCUCAUCCUUUCCUCAUCUCCUCACCCUUCAACUUUUUAACAACUCACUUUAUGGGACCAUCCCCCCCCCCCAUAUUGGUAGCCUUUGGAGACUCACCUUACUUAAUUAGCUUGUCUCUCAACAGUCUCUCUGGAACAAUUCCGACCGAAAUAGGCCAACUAACUAAUCUAAGGUUCUUGUACGUGUUUGGAAAUCAAAUUGGUGGCUCCAUCCCCCAAGAAAUAGGAUUGCUCAACUCUCUCAAUGAGCUUGCCUUGUCUAAUAACAAUCUCACGGGUUCAAUCCCUUCUUCAAUUGGAAACUUGGGCAACUUAACCUUUCUGUACCUUUAUAACAACCCACUUUCCGGAUCAAUCCCUCAAGAAAUUGGAAUGCUAAGGUCUCUCGUUGAUCUCGAUCUCGCAAUGAACAAUCUCACAGGUUCAAUCCCUGCAUCUAUAGGGAACUUGAGCCAAUUAACCACUCUGCACCUUUUUCGCAACCAACUUUCCGGAUCAAUCCCUCAAGAAGUUGGGAUGCUGAGGUCUCUCGUUGAUCUCCAACUCUCAAAUAACAAUUUCACUGGUUCAAUCCCUACAUCUAUAGGGAACUUGGGCCAAUUAACCGUUCUGCACCUUUUUCACAACCUACUUUCCGGAUCAAUCCCUCAAGAAGUUGGGAUGUUGAGGUCUCUCAUUGAUCUCGAACUCGAAGUGAACAACCUCACGGGUUCAAUCCCUGCAUCUAUAGGAAACUUAGGAAUGUUAACCAUUUUGUUCCUCCAUGAAAAUAUGCUUUCAGGACUCAUUCCUUCGACAAUUGGAAACUUGACAAAGUUGCACAAAUUAGAUUUAAGUCUAAAUCCAUUAUCAGGCUCCAUUCCUUCAGAGAUAGGAAAUUUAAAACAACUUGGUACAUCGGCAUUCAUUGAUAACCAACUCACUGGCUCUAUUCCUCCAAGAUUGAACAAUCUUACACAUUUGAAAAUUUUCCAGAUACCUUACAACAAGCUCGUUGGUCAUUUACCAGAAAACCUAUGCUUUAGUGGAUUACUAGCCUAUUUUUCAGCAAGCAAUAAUAAUCUCACAGGUCCCAUCCCCAAAAGCUUGAGAAAUUGCUCUAGCUUAUACAGAGUUAGGCUUGAAGGAAACCAACUUUCGGGAAAUAUAUCAGAGGACUUUGGCAUAUACCCAAGCUUGGUUUACAUUGAUUUGAGUCAUAAUAAUUUUUAUGGUGAGCUAUCUAAAAACUGGGGAAAAUGCCACAAUUUAACUAGUCUCAAAAUGUCUAAUAAUAAAAUUUCUGGUAAGAUACCAUCUGAAUUAGUAGGGGCAACUCAGCUAUCCGUUCUUGAUCUCUCUUCAAAUCAUCUAGUUGGAGAGAUCCCAUUGCAAUUGGGAAGGUUGGUUUCACUAUUCAACCUUAAGCUGGAUGAUAACUAUCUAUUAGGCAAUAUUCCUCCAGAAUUCAGUAAGUUGUCCAAUUUAGAGAACCUUAACUUGGCAGCAAAUUAUCUAAGUGGCUCAAUCCCUAGAGAACUUGGAGACUACUUAAAACUAUUGAACUUAAAUUUGAGCAAUAAUAGAUUUGGGGAAAGCAUUCCUAUUGAAAUAGGCCAGAUCAACACUCUUCAAAGUCUUGGUCUUGGUAAUAACUUGCUAAUUGGUAAGAUACCACAACAGAUUGGAGAAUUGCAAAGAUUAGAAACAUUGAGGGUAUGUUUGGUUUGUGUUUGAGAGAUGUGUUUUAGAGAUAAAAAGUACGAAAAGUUGUUUGGUUUGGUUUUUUUCAAAAGAUGUUUUGGAAAAUUAUUUUGAGAGAGAGUUUUGGAAAAA